GCUACCUACAACUGUCCAUCGUGACCUUUUUCAGCCUCGCGCCACUGUUAACAAAUAAAAAGUCUUGCCUCUUGCCAAUAUGCAGGAACUCGCUUCUUCUCCGCCCGCUUUUGUUGAAAGAAAGAGAAAGAUUCUCGAACAACUUGCAAUUCCAGAUACAGAAUACACGGAUGCUUCACCGAAAGGCUCUAUAGAUGAGGGCAUCAGGGAUCUCAUUGAUGAAAUCAACCAACAAUCCGGAUUUGUCACUACUAGCAGCUGUGCAGGCCGUGUCAGCGUUUUUCUUGAAGGGCGGAGAGUUGCUGACACUGAAGGAGAAGAUGAACAGGUAGCAGGUGUUGGUGGAAAAGGCGCUGGGGGAGCUUGGCUGUUCGUUUCCCAUGAUCCAGUACCUGACAAGAGUGGAAGUACAGACUGGAGCAGUUUAUUUGGACUCCAGAAAUGUACAGAGGCACAGGAGACAUCUGGAGAACCGAAAGAGAGAAGACUUGUUCACUUCAAGUACGAGGCAAUGAUCCUCCACGUCCUCACAGCAUCACCGGAACAUGCUCAACUACUUCUGCGCUGCGGCCUACAGGCAGGGUUUCGUGAGUCGGGUGCCCUCAAUAUCAUCCCGAAUGGCAAGGAUGCUGCCACUCCUAUGGUGGCUAUACGGACAAUGGGACUUGCCUUUGAGUCUCUCAUCGGGCAGCAAGUUGACGGCCAUCGGCAACGCAUAGUCUCACCCGAGUACCUCCAGACCCUCGUCCAGAUUGCCAAUGAGCGUUUUAUCGAGAAUAAGAAGCGCAUUGAACGCUUCCAAAACGCCUUCAGAGACGCUAUCUCUGCUCCAGUACCACGUCUAAACCCUGAAGGACAAGAAUGGGAGGACGCUGCAGCGAGAAGAGAAAGGAAGCGUGCUGAGGGCCUGCGAAAGAAAGCCGAGCUGAAAGCCAAGCAAGAGACAGAACCAGAAUCAGACCGCGCCAAAUCAGGAAAGGAGGAAGACGCAGGACUCCUCUUUGAGAUAUAAGUUGUACACUUUGAUUCCUCAACCUAGUUUUUCCCGCUACCAAUGCCGUAAUGUACACGUGCGUACCUGUCUGGGCAUACCAGAGCCCAUCACCUCUAUAUCUCUAUAGAAUCAGUCCCCAUUCCCAUUAUCAGUUUUCCUUCUCUCUCUACGAGACGACCUUCUCGACCCAGCUCUUCUCAAGUUUCUUAACUUCGGCCUUGAAGUUCUCCACCUCCUGCCAGCAGUCGAGCGGCCGUCGGUCGUGCUCCCGCAGACAUCGAAUGACUUCAUUGCGUGCUCCCUCAACGCUCUCGGGCAGAGGACGCACUUGCUUGCGUGACUCGAGCUUCUCACGCAUGGCUUCAAUCUCCUUGCUGACGGUGUACUGGCUCGUGCUGUUGUCAUCUUUGAAAUCGGCGCUGGCGAGUUUCUCGUGUGCUAUUUUGAGAGCUUCGGCUUCUUUCUGCUGUAGCUUCUUGAGCUCCUCGGCCACGCGGGCCUGGAUCUGGAGCUCGACUAUCUUGGAACGAGAGGCAUCGGUCUAUUUAGAAUCAAGAGAACGUGCAUUAGCUUCGGUUGACGCUCGUGGAGAAUAUACUAGUAAGUCGAUGCGGGUAGAAGUACCUCAUUGCUGGAUUGUAGUGAAU